AUGAGUAAAACCCCAACAACUCAGAACCCUGGAAAUAAUGUAAAUUACGCCAAACCUAAAAGAUUACAACUACAGGCAACCAAAAAACAUGGUACAAAUACAACAAAUACAGACAACGUUGGCAUAACCAGUGGGCAACACAUAGGGAAUGAUAGACCUAUUCACCAAAACAAUUCCAAUAGUUCGCCAAAUAUAAACCAUGCUCUAUACCAAACCGAAAUUAAUCAACUGAAAUGUGAAUUGGAGGCCAAAGACAAAAUUAUUAAAUCUAAAGAAAACAAAAUCUGCAAACUGGACUCAGAAAUUACAACGCUCAAAAAGCAAAUAGCCACAAACAGGUCAUUUACCAUCAAUUUAGAACAAGAAAAAAAGGACGUAGAACACUCUCUGGUAAUAGCAAGAAAGAGAAUUGAACAACUUGAAGGUAUUAACGGAAAAUCCCAUGAAUCAAGUCACACAAAUCCAACAAACGUAACAUCUGACUCAAACUCCACAAUGAAUGAAAUGAAAAUAUGGUUUUUGGAGCAAAAAGUGCGUCAAAUAGAGCUAGACAUGCAUAAACAUGACACGAAAAUAAUGUACAUGAAUGAAAAAAUUCACAACACUAAUAACACCAGAAAGGAAGAAAAUCACCACGCUCCAAAGGAAGCCAGAAAACGUACUUUUCAAUCAAACAGUACCAAAAACCACACAAACAAUUUCCCAGAUGAUGCAACAGAUCUAUAUACCAGACUGGACGACCUGAUAGUCAACAUGCGAGGUGACGAAACUGACUCUAUUAAUGAUGAUGGGGCCAAUAGCUUCAAUGAAAAUGAAAUAAAUCAGGACCAUUUUUUAGAAACUCCCAUUCCAAGGAAGGUACGGCUAAAGGAAGCAGAACAAAUUCAACCCCAACUCGGAAACUUCAAAAACAAACACAUUCGAUCACAGACUUGCAAUUGGAAGAGAUCAAACAAGCAGAGAUAUCAAAAUCACAGAAAACCAGCAAAGGAAACAACAUCAUCCAACAAACAAACGUGCAGUCAGCAACCGAACAGAUAUCAGCAAAUAACACCACAGCAUCAGAUCCAGCCCCACCCGCAUGUCCAACCAAUACCACAACAACACUGGAUACAUCAUCCAACAGCAAUCCAGUCACAUCCUCAUCACCAGAUGCAACAUCAAUUCCAACUGCAAAAUCCGUACGUCAAUCCAACAAAUGCACCAUAUCACUUCUAA